AUCCUAAUGUACGAAUGUCAGCUGAACUAAGACUGCGAGAACUAAGUAACGCUCCUGUAAUUAAUUUAAAGAAUUACGUGGUUUCGCAUUGGUCUUCCACCUCAGAAACAUUUGCAGGAAUAGAAACUACCGAAGAGGUAAAAGCAAUUGUACGCGAAGUAAUAUUUAACGGACUGUCAGAUCCAUCAAACAAAAUCCGUGUUGCAUCG